ACUGUUGUCACUACUGGGGUCAAUUUUUUUUUUUUUUUCUUUUUGAGACGGAGUCUCGCUCUUUCCCCAGGCUGGAGUGCAGUGGCGCGAUCUCGGCUCACUGCAAGCUCCGCCUACCGGGUUCACGCCAUUCUCCUGCCUCAGCCUCCCGAGUAGCUGGGACUACAGGCACCCGCAGCCACACCCGGCUAAUUAUUUGUAUUUUCAGUAGGGACGGGGUUUCACCGUGUUAGCCAGAAUGGUCUCAUCUCCUGACCUCAUGAUCCACCCGCCUCGGCCUCCCAAAGUGCUGGGAUUACAGGCGUGAGCCACCGCGCCUGGCUACUGGGGUCACUAUUGAAGUUGGCUAAUGUCACUGUUGAAGUCAAGUGAGAGGGCCCUCUUGGAGCCAGACCACCUAGGUUCAAAUUCUGGCUCCUGCUUCCGGCUCCUUUCCUCUGUCCCCCUUCUCCCCUCGGUGCCCUCCAACCAGUGGGCCUGGGAAAAUGUGUUCAUGCUGGAAAUGCCUGCCCAGCCCUUGCCCAGUCACACAGAGCAAGUGCCCCAGAAAUGUCCUGAACCUCAGUUUACUGAGGGGAAACUAAGAACCUUCUGGCUACAGCUCUUGGGCUGAGCAGGGAUUAGGCUCGCGUCUGCGAUCCCAGGCCCUGCGGCCUCCCAGAGGCUUGGUUGAGAGCUCUGGCUCUCACUCCCCCACCUCCACCCAGCACCUGCCCCGGUCCAGGCUCACCCCCUACCCCUCCACCUGGUCAGUGGUGGCUCGGCCUCCUCUCAGCCCCUCCACCCCUCCUGGCUGUACACACCCUCAAGCUAAUGGAACUCAAACUGGUGGAGGAAGGCCUGCCCUGUCCCUCCCAGCCCCUGCCUCUCCCUCCCUACUCCCAGCCUCACUGGACCACUUUCAAGUCCUCCAGUGCUCCAGGCUCCAUCUUCAUGCCUCCAGGCCUUUGCACGUGCUGGUCCCUCUCCCAUUUUCCUGGUUAACUCCUCCACCUCCAUCCGAGUUAGGAUCUUCCCCUGGAGAGUGUCCCAGUUAGCACCACCCCACAACACACACACACACCGACAUACACUCCCCACAUCACAGGGACCACAUCCCACACAGGCACAGACACACUGCAUGACACAGAUCACAGGCACAAAGGUGCAUGCCCUAGCGUGCAUGCGUGCACACAUACACACUCCCACUCCAUAUGCCAAUACACUUAUCCCCCCACUCCCACAUCACACAGACGGUUCCACACACUCCUCACACGCUCUGGCCACACAGUAAACACACACAGACCAUAGAGCUCAUGUCUAGGCUGCCCUGGUGCCCUCCUCUGGGCUCGUGCCCCCAGCCUCAGCAUUUACCCCCCAUUGAGGGCAGGGACCCAUCCAGCUCCGUUUUCCUCCAUUUCAGCUCAGGGCCCUGCACCAAGUCUCUCCCAGUUAUUGCUUGGACCCGGACUCUUCCCACAGUCACCACUGUCACAGUCCCACCUCCUUCAAGGUCUCAAACACCCCUCCCCUGUUUCUGGCAGGAGCCGUCCUCACUCCCUCUGUUGCCUCUCCAGACCCAGACUUCACCCUCAGGUCACCCUCACCUGGACUUUGGGGUGCCCCACACCCCGCCCCAGGCCCUGGCCUCUGGAAUAUUUGGAAACUUGAACUGGGCCAGAGGCUUAAGCUCACAUCUGUCUGGAGCCUCAACUUUCUCCUCUGUAAAAUGGGCUAACACUGAAAGAACCUUGCAGAAUCUCAGCAACGUCACAGUGGACAUUGUUAGCACAGCCAGCGGGCUCCUGCUGGGCUGAGUUUGUGGGUAAUCCAAGCCUCGGCAGGUACAGUUCCUCCCUCAGGUGAGUGUUCCACCCCCAAGUGAGCAUCCUGCUGCCCUUCCUGCAAAUCAGGCCCCUGGGACACUUAGUGCUGAGCCUUGGGGGUGGGGUAUUUGAUCGGGGUUCCUGACAAGUGGCUGGGUUGUCUGUUCCCUCUCUUCAGAGGGAGCCUCCAUGGGUGGCCUGGGCUCACAUCGGCUCCUCCAGUCCAGCAGAGCACCCCCCUGGCUGCCCAGCUUGUUGAGAGAACUUGCUGAGCAGGACAGUGAGCCCUUCCUGGUGGGGAACCGGAAUCAGGAGAAGACAGAGGGGAGGUGGCAGGCCCCAGGAUGGAGGGAGGGCAGCUGAGCUGCCUGCCCUCAUCCUCCCUGCCCUUCAGGUAUUAGGGCCCUUCCCAUGGCCCAGUAGGAACCCAGCGGCUCACCUGAGCCCGGACUAAGGAUGGGGCAUUUUACCCCAUAUGCAGAGAUGAGAAACAGAGGCCCAAGGAGGGAAGGGACUGAACACAGGGUGGAACAGCCCUGGGCUGCGCCUGUGUUUCCAUCCGCCUUCCUCCUGCCUGUGCUCGAGUCACGUGCUGGUGUGCAGGGAACAGGAAGACAGCCGCUGCCCUCACAGGCUCAGGGUCUAGCAGAGUCCACAGUGACCACAGGCGAAUAAACAAAGGCAGUGAGACAGAGGUGGGCAAGGAGAGGUGCUGGGAUGGGGAGCAAGGGGGUACCCAUGCUCAUGGGUAUGAACACAUGGACCCAUAUAACCAUAUGUAUGUCCCAGAGUUUCUUCCAGAACUUUUUUUUUUUUUUCAAGACAGAGUCUUGUUCUGUAGCCCAAGCUGGAGUGCAGUGGCACGAUCUCGGCUCAUCGCAACCUCCACCUCCUCGGUUCAAGCGAUUCUCCUGCCUAAGCCUCCCGAGUAGCUGGGAUUACAGGCGCCCUCCACCAUGCCCGGCUAAUUUUUGUAUUUUUAGUAGAGACAGGGUUUCACCAUGUUGGCCAGGCUGGUGUCGAACUCCCGACCUCAGGUGAUCCGCCCGCCUCGGCCUCCCACAGUGCUGAGAUUACAGGGGUGAGCCACUGCACCUGACCCCUUCUAGAACUUCUCUAUCAGUUCACUCUCACAUCUACACUGAACACCUUUGCCCAAGGCUGGGGGCAGAGUGGUUAAAAGCCAAAUCUAGACUCCUUCUUGCUGUGUGACCUCGGCCAGGUCACUGUCCCCCACUGUGCCUCCCCAUCAUGUCCUCCUCUAAAAAAUGGAUGCAUAGCCCUCAGGGCUGUUGUUGAAGGGUCCCUGAGAUGACUGUGGAGCUCUUGGUGUGGGGACCCAAGCUCAACCCUGCCCCAAGUACUUGGCCCCCCUAAACUUCUAGCCUCCGGUCUCUGCCUGAACCCCAGCACCUGGCAGUUCAGCUCAGUUCAUUUACGUAGCCCAGCCUGGGUUCCUGUGAGAUGAAGGCCGGUCACGAUGACAAGACUGCUGGGGACGACUGGGUCCCUGGCCAGGUACUCAGGUCUACAGCCUAACACACGGUGAGCUGUUUCCCAGCCACCCAACUCUUGGGCAUCCCUGCAGGACCUCCACGGGGAGUCCUUGGCUCCCUGAAGGAUGGAUCAUCAGAGGAGCUGCCAGGCUGCCAGAGCAGGAAGGGACCUCAGGGAUCACCACUGUGGCCAACCCCCAACUGCACACACAGAAAAGCUGCAGCUCAGAGCCGGGCGUGGUGGCUCACACCUGUAAUCCCAGCACUUUGGGAGGCCAAGGCAGGCAGAUCACCUGAGGUUGGGAGUUCGAGACCAGCCUGGCCAACAUGCAGAAACCUUGUCUCUGCUAAAAAAUACAAAAUUAGCCAGGCGUGUUGGCGCAUGCCUGUAAUCCCAGCUACUCAGGAGGCUGAGGCAGGAGAAUCGCUUGAACCCGGGAGGCAGAGGUUGUGGUGAGCCGAGAUCACGCUAUUGCACUCCAGCCUUGGCAAAAAGAGCGAAACUCCGUCCCAAAAAAAAAAAAAAAAAACAAAGCUGCAGCUCAGAGAAGUGGAGACACUGGCCCAGGGACCCACAGCAAGGCCUUAGCCCAGCUGGGGCUAGAUGGCAAGAGGUGGUUCAGCAUUGGAGCUCCAUUGCCUGGGUUCAAAUCGGGGUCUGUCACUGGCCAGCUGUGAGCCUAAGUCUCUGAAUUUCUCUGUGCCUUAGUGUCCUCAUUCUGUAGAGUGGAGAUAGUAAUCAUUCCUAUUUCAAAGAUUGUUGUGAGAAAUAAGUGAACUAAUACAUGUCAUAUGCUUAAAAGCAGGGCCCAGGACACAGUGAGCAUACAAUAGACAUUAGCUGCUGUGGUGUCUUGAUUUCAAGCCCAGUGCAGUUGCAUCUGACUUACGAAACUUCAGUGACACCUGCUCUGUGCCAGACACUGAAGAUGGAGCAGUGAACAGCACUGACCCAGCCUGUCCUCCUGUUGCCUGCAGGCCAGACGGAGUCUCACUCUGUCACCAGGCUGGAGUACAGUGGUGUGAUCUCGGCUCACUGCAACCUCCGCCUCCCAGGUUCAAGCGAUUCUCCUGCCUCAGCCUCCCAAGUAGCUGAGAUUACAGACGUGUGUCACCAUGCCCUGUUAAUUUUUGUUUGUUUUGUUUUUUGUUUUGUUUUGUUUUGUUUUUUGUUUUUUUUUUGAGACGGAGUCUUGCUCUGUCGCCCAGGCUGGAGUGCAGUGGCCCCGAUCUCGGCUCACCGCAAGCUCCGCCUCGCGGGUUCAUGCCAUUCUCCGGCCUCAGCCUCCCGAGUAGCUGGGACUACAGGCAUCCGCCACCACACCCAGCUAAUUUUUUGUAUUUUUUUUAGUAGAGACGGGGUUUCACUGUGUUAGCCAGGAUGGUCUCGAUCUCCUGACCUCGUGAUCCACCCAAGGCCUCGGCCUCCCAAAGUGCUGGGAUUACAGGCAUGAGCCACCGUGCCCGGUCAAUUUUUAUAUUUUUUGUAGAGACAGGGUUUCACCAUGUUGGCCAGGCUGGUGUCGAACUCCCGACCUCAGGUGAUUGUCGGCCUUGGCCUCCCAAAGUGCUGGGAUUACAGGCGUGAGCCACCGCGCCCAGCCGGUGGGCAGCCAGUUGUGUUCCGGGAGGAGGAGGACACCCUGGAAAGACAGUGGGGCCAGACACUGAACUGCCUUUGGAAGCAAGUAGGAGCAACAGCGAAGGUUUGCUGGCUCAGAAGCAAGGUCUCGCUGUGUUACCCGGGCUGGAGUGCAGUGGCUACUUACAGGCAUGAUCAUAGCAUACUGCAGCCUCGAACUCCUGGACUAAAGCAGUUCUCCUGCCUCAGCCUCCAGAGCAGCUGGGACUGCAGACACGCACCACAGAGCCCAGCCUGAGUCAUUUUGAUUCUGUAACUGGCUUCCUCUCGGCGGGCAGGCUCACACCCUCCACCCCCAGCUGGAGAUGGAAGGAGGAUGCUCACCAUCCAUUCCUCAUGCAGGCCAUCGAUGGAAAUGUCAGACAGUGCGAGUCCAUGCCUGAACACUUCUGGGGUCCGCUCUGGGACUGACACUGGCAGAUCCAUCGGUAAGCUCCCGCCUGCCACCUCUGGGCCUGCAUUGCGGUGAUAGGGCCAAGGGCCUGGGCCUUCAAUUCUCCAGACUUGCCAAAAUGCUCAGCGCAGGCCUCGUCGGCAACUGCAGACAAGCAGAGGCAGCACCUGGGCUCUGCCUGUGCCUGGCACAGUGAAGCGAGGGUGGGGGCAGGAAUGAGGGUCCUCUCCAUGCAAGGGGGGAAGAUAGAAGAACAAAAUUUCACCCUAAUGUAGUGUCUUUAGACCGUGCAAUGUUGUGCUCCUGUUAGUCUGAUAUCAGGGGCUUGCAGCCUGGCAAAGGAAAAAAAACAGGCUGAGGCACGUGAUAGAAGACAGGCAGGGAUGCCACAAUCAUAACCAUGGCAAAGACCAGGAUCAGAAAGGCCCACCAUCUCUGACCCCAAAUCCCUGGGCAGAUGGUUCCGGAACUCAGAAUUUUCCCAGUUGUAGAAAGAUGGGGCCAGGUGCAGUGGCUCAUGCCUGUAAUCCCAGCAUUUUGGGAGUACGAGGUGGGCGGAUCACCUGAGGUCAGGAGUUCGAGACCAGCCUGGCCAACAUGGUGAAACCCUGUCUCUACUAAAAAAAAAAAAAAAAAAAAAAAAAAAAAAAAAUUAGCCGGGCGUGGCGAUGCAUGCCUGUAAUCCCAGCUACUCGGGAGGCUGAGCCAGGAGAAUUGCUUGAACCCGGGAGGUGGAGGUUGCAGUGAGCCAAGAUCGCGCCACUACACUCCAGUCCGGGCGACAGAGCAAGAGUCCAUCCCCCACCACCAAAAAAAAAAAAAAAGAAAGAAAGAUGAUGUGAUACAUAUCACAUAUUUCCUAACACCCCCAACCAAACACAUUUAUGCAUAUGCCGCAAAGCAGACGAGGAAAGAUUCUAAAUAGGCUCUGAAUCUCAGUUUUCUCAUCUCUACAAUGGGGCAGUGAUGGCAUGCACCUCCCAGGGCUGUUCUGAGAAUCUGAUGCCUCCCAUUGCACUGGUGAGCCUGGCACAGGCACAGGUCCCACCCCAGGCCCUUUGAACUGGCUGUUCCUUUGGCCUGGAACAUUCCUCCCCAGAUACCUCCUGAGAGGGCUCCCUCACUUCCUUCAAGGCACUGCUCAAAUGCUACCUGUUCACAGAGGCUUUCCCUGACCACCCCGUCCCUUUCCUCUUCCUGCAUAGCCUCUGUCACCUGACAUUUUAUGUCAUAAAUUACUCAUUUAUUAAUUUCCUGCUCUCCCACAGUGGCACCCGAGCUCUGUGAGGGCAAGACUUUGUUUGGUUGUGGGCUAUGCCCCCAACCCCUCGGACAGUGCCUGCACAGGUGGACAUUUUUGUUGGAUGAAGGAUUUUCUGUUAAAUGUGUCUGGCACACACAGAAAAACAAAGCCCAGCAGGUACGAUGGUGAUUAUUAUUGUUACUGGUGGUGCUCUAUUAUUGUUAUUAGUGUCUGUUGAAAAAGACCCUGAGCUAUACCAGCCCUUGGUUCUCCAGCCUGUGAAAUGGGCAUCCUGGGCACUGAGGCACUAGCCUUGGGAAGCUGAUAGGGGGUCCCUGCAGGAGAGACAAAGAACACUGCCCACCCCCCCGGGGAGCCUGCGCCCCUCACCGGAAAGAGAAGCAGGGGGGAGCAGAGGGAGCUUGCAGCCCCACACGCAGGGCUGCCAGAAGGCCAUACAUAAUUCAUUGCCAAAUGGGGCUGCGGGCGGCUCUCCGCGGCGUGCGCUGGGGGCUCACUCUGCGCCUGGCACUUCGCUGACUGCGCCUCACACGUUGCCUCAUUGCAUCUUCAUGGAUUUGCAGGGUGUGACCCUUCCCCCUGUUUUACCCAGGGGGAUCCUGAGGCUCAGAGGAUGGGGCCACCGUGCUAGUCACAGGCUCUCUGUGGCCAAGCUGGGCCUCGGGUCAGCAGAUUUGGCCCCCAGCGGCCCCCAUUCACUGCCUCUCUGCUGAGGGAAAAGACGGGCCUGGGGAGCGGGUGGGAGGCACAAAGGAGACCCCGCUCUGAGACAGGCUGCAGAAGAGGGAGCUGGGUCUCAGCAGGGCUGGGGAAGGCUCUGGCCCCAGCCCUCCGCCCAACCCCCUGCCCUCCUCUCCUGGAGGAGAUGCUCCCCAAAUUAGCCAUCAUGAGCACUGGCUCUGGGGGUUGGGCGCUGGGGAGCAGUUUGCUCAGCUGUAAAAUGGGAAUAACAGAAGCCGUCCCUGGGACUAUGAGAUCAAGGUGCUCAAGAAAAGUGGUGUCUGCUGAGGGGAAAAGCCAGUCCCAAAAGGUUGCAUACUCUCAUUCUGUUUAUUUGUUUUUGUUUUUGAGACAGGGUCUCGCCCUGUCACCCAGGCUGGAGUACAGUGGCGCAAUAUGGGCUCACUGCAACCUCCACCUCCUGGGCUCAAGUGAUUCUCCCAUCUCAGACCCUCAAGGAGCUGGGGCUACAGGCACGUGCCACCGUGUCCGGCUAAUUUUUGUAUUUUUUGUAGAGACAGGGUUUCACCAUGUUGCCCAGGCUGGUCUCAAACUCCUGAGCUCAGGUGAUCCGCCUGCCUUGGCCUGCGAUAAAAUUGCACAGAAGUGAAUACACACACGUGAGGAUACGGAAAACCGGGGAAACCUGAGCAAGAGCAGUCAGACCCCGGCUGUGAUGGCGCCCAGUAGUUCUGCGAGAUGUUACCAUUGGGGAAACUGAGUGAAGGCAGGUACCUGGGAUCCCUCUGUUUUCUUUUUUGUUGUUGUUGUUGUUUUGAGAUGAAGUUUCCCUCUUGUUGCCCAGGCUGGUUGAUCCACUUGCCUCGGUCUCCCAAAGUGCUGGGAUUACAGGCGUGAGCCACUGUGCCCAGCUUCUCUGUUUUAUUUCUUCUUCUUCUUCUUUUUUUUUUUUUUUUUUGGAGACGCUCUGUCCCCCAGGCUGGAGUGCAGUGGCACGAUAUUGGCUCACUGCAAGCUCCGCCUCCUGGGUUCACACCAUUCUCCUGCCUCAGCCACCCGAGUAGCUGGGACUACAGGCGCCUGCCACCACGCCCGUCUAAUUUUUUGUAUUUUUAGUAGAGGCGGGGCUUCACCGUGUUAGCCAGGAUGGUCUCGAUCUCCUGACCUCGUCAUCCGCCCGUCUCGGCCUCCCAUAGUGCUGGGAUUACAGGCGUGAGCCACCACGUCCGGCCUUUGCUCUUAUUUCUUAUAACUGUACAGGAAUCUACAAUGAUUGUAACAAAAAUUUCAAUUAAGGCCACUCUAGGCACAUGGCCUGUGGGGUAGCCCUGCUCAACAAGAAGCUGUCAAAAAAAUGUUUUUUAAUUAAAAAAUUUUUUCAAUUAAAAAGCGUUAUCUUCCUCUGCCCGGAAAGGGUUAAGUGAGUCACUGCAGUUAGCUCCCCUUCCCCCACAACCACCUAGACCAGGCCAGGGACCAGCGGGCAAUUGCCUGGCAGCUGGAGUUUUCCUCCACUGUGGACUGUACUUCUUGCAUCACUCUGAAUGUCUCCAGUCUUUAUUCCAGAAUGUUCUGGUCCUCUCCCACUUUUCCGAGGACAGGAAUUCCCUAGUGGGGCUCCAGUAGAGGCUCUGGAGGAGAACAAGAAAGGCCCUUGUCAUCCAUUGGCCUCAGGCUGGGAAAUCUCGGUUCCAGUCCCAGCCCAGCCUCAAUAUUAGGUUGUCAGUCUGGAGUCUGAGAGCCAUGCCCCCACCCCCUUAGUCCUUCACCUCCAGGAGAGUUGGGGAUACUGGAAAGAAUGUUGAGUGUCAGAGCCCCUCUCAGUGGCUCACGCCUGAAAUCCCAGCCCUUUGGGAGGCUGAGGCAGGUGGAUUGCUUGAGGCCAAGAGUUCAAGACCAGCCUGGCCAACGCGACGAAACCCUGACUCUACUAAAAAUACAAAAAUUAGCUGGGCGUGGUGGCACACACCUGUAAUCCCAGCAGCUCGGGAGGCUGAGGCAGGAGAAUUGUUUGAACCUGAGAGGUGGAGGUUGCAGUGAGCUGAGAUCACAACACUGCACUCAAAAAGUAGUUAAUUAAUAUAGUUUAAUUAAAAAAGAAUAUUGAAUGUCAGGCAAUCUGGGUAGAACCCGUUGUGUUUCUACAGGAUAGAAUCUGCUGUGUUCUCUCGGAACUUCCAGAUCACCUUCACAGUAUGACUCUAGACAAUCCCUGUCCACUCUUCAGUUUUAGAUGCCCCAUUCGAAGAAUGAAAGAAUUGUCCUAGAUGAUCCUUUAGGGUCUUCCAGGCUGAUGACAAGGGGGACCUGGCCUCUCUGCUGCUGGCCAAAGAGGACUUUACUUCCCAUUCCGUGUGGUUGAACAAGAAUUGCUGGGCUCCAGUCCUGCCUUUGGCCCUUCCCUACGUGUGACCUUGGGCCCUCUUUGCCUUUCAGAAUCAAUACAGUGAGAGAGUUAACACAAGCUCAGGUUAGUAAGUCAUUCAACAAACAUUUACUGAGCGCUUAUCAAAUACUGCAUGCUGGAGUGGACACUGGAGAAAAAGGUGAGGAGAAGGCCGGGCGCAGUGGCUCGUGACUAUAAUUCCAGCACUUUGAGGGGCAGAGGCAGGUGGAUUACCUGAGGUCAGGAGUUUGAGACCAGACUGGCCAACAUGGCAAAACCCCGUCUCUACUAAAAAUACAAAUAUUAGCCAGGCAUGGUGGUGCAUAUCUGUAGUCCCAGCUACUCAGGAGGCUGAGCAGGAGAAUCACUUGAACUCGGGAGGUGGAGCGUGCAGUGGGCCGAGAUUGCACCUCUGCACUCCAGCCUGGGCAACAUAGUGAGACUCUGUCUCAAAUAAAUAAAUAAAGUGAGGAGAAAAAAAUACCAUCUCUGUCUUCACAGAACUUAUAGUUUGGGAGGGGAGAAUCCCACAAGUAAAUUAAAAAUCUCAGCUGAGAUGAUGCAAAGAAGCAAAGGCCGGACGUGGUGGCUCACGCCUGUCAUCCCAGCACUUUGGGAGGCCGAGACGGGCAGAUCACGAGGUCAGGAGAUUGAGACCAUCCUGGCUAACACGGUGAAACCCCAUCUCUACUAAAAAUACAAAAAAAUUAGCUGGGCGUGGUGGCGGGCGUCUGUAGUUCCAGCUACUCGGGAGGCUGAGGCAGGAGGAUGGCAUGAACCCAGGAGCACAGGUUGCAGUGAGCCGAGAUGGCGCCACUGCACUCCAGCCUGGGCGACAGAGCAAGACUGUGUCUCAAAAAAAAAAAAAAAGAAGAAGAAGCAAAGUGCCCAGCUGGGAUGGUGGUUUCAGAGGCCACAGUGGGAGCUUCCCAGAGAAGGAAUGAUUGAGCUAAGUCUAAGCAAAAGGGGUGGUCAGGGCAGCAGCUGCUCCAAAACAGGGGCUGGGGGCUUAUGUGGAGAGAGAAGACAUGGAGAGACCAUGCCCAGAAGGAGGCGGCGGCUUCAGUGAACAGUGCAGGGGAGCAGAUCCGAGGAGGCCGCCUACCAGGGGAAGGAGUCUCAUCUCCAUCCUAGACAAAAAAAGGAUCUUUUGAGAUGCAUUAAGCAGGGGAGUCACAGAUUGGAUUUGUGUUUUGAGAAUCUCCUGCUUACCUAGAGAAGAAGGGCAUCUCCUGGGCCCUCACUGUUGCCUUAAAUGAUUUUUAUUGUGUAUUACUUAAACAUGUGCAAGCAUAAAAUGAGAUAUAAACUCCUUGUAGCUCUUAUACAAGCAUCA